AGAAGUGAAAGCAGCAACAAGGAAUCCAGUAAUUCUUGUUAUCAGCAAGCUUUACAAGUCAGCAGAGUCUGAGCAGGUGGCCCAGAGCCAGCUCUCCAGACACCGCUACCCUCUCUCCGAGCCCUGAAGUCAGGGGAGCCACGAUGCCUCUGCCGCUGGCCUGCCUGCUGCUUCUCCUCCUCUCCACCCACAGUGCCCUGGCCCUCAAGAUCUGCUCCUUCAAUGUGAGGUCCUUUGGGGAAUCCAAGAAGGCAAACUGUAAUGCCAUGGACGUCAUUGUGAAGGUCAUCAAACGCUGUGAUAUCAUACUCCUGAUGGAAAUCAAGGACAGCAGCAACAGGAUCUGCCCCACGCUGAUGGAGAAGCUAAACGGAAAUUCAAGAAGAGGCAUUACAUACAACUAUGUGAUUAGCACUCGCCUUGGAAGAAACACAUAUAAAGAACAGUAUGCCUUUCUCUAUAAAGAAAAGCUAGUGUCUGUAAGACAAAGCUACCUCUACCAUGACUAUCAGGCUGGAGACGCAGAUGUGUUUUCCAGGGAACCCUUUGUGGUCUGGUUCCAGUCACCCUACACCGCUGUCAAGGACUUCGUGAUUGUCCCCCUGCACACCACCCCUGAGACAUCCAUUAGAGAGAUUGAUGAGCUGGCUGAUGUCUACACAGAUGUGAAACGUCGAUGGAAUGCAGAGAAUUUCAUUUUCAUGGGUGACUUCAAUGCUGGCUGCAGCUACGUCCCCAAGAAGGCCUGGAAGGACAUCCGCCUGAGGAUGGACCCCAAGUUCGUUUGGCUGAUCGGGGACCAAGAGGACACCACGGUCAAGAAGAGCACAAACUGUGCCUAUGACAGGAUCGUGCUUAGAGGACAAGAGAUUGUCAACUCUGUUGUUCCUCAAUCAAACCUCGUCUUUGACUUCCAGAAAGCUCACGGGUUGUCUGAAUCGAAGGCCCUGGAUGUCAGUGACCACUUUCCAGUUGAAUUUAAACUUCGGUCUUCGAGGGCCUUCAUCAACAGCAAAAAAUCUGUUUCUUCAAAGAAGAAAAAAAAGGCCAGUCAUGCCUAGAUACAAGGGUUCCAUUUUUAUUAACUAUUUCUUGCCUCUAAAUAAAGCAGCUCCAACAGGUA